GCCGUUUGUGCCAUGAGAAUGAAUCAUCAGUUUCAGGAACGUCCAACGUAUAUAAACCACGACCUGCGCUUUACAAGAGCAUCACUCCUUUUUCACCGUCAGAAUGAAGUUUACAUUGGCCUUUUUAUUAGUGCUAAGUGCUGCGACCGCACAAGCAUUAUACCUUAAUACCGAUGUCCAAGCCCGCGUAGCUUCCUGGCUGGAGAGGCAGAGCCAGCGAAAGAAGACGUCAAAAGGUCGGAUUGAAAUACACCGUUAUUGCGAGGGUAUGGAGACAUGGUCUUUUACCGCGGAAGGAGCAUUUGAAUAUCCAAUGAUACGCGUAUACCAAUAUGAUAUUUAUCUGGCAACAGAGAUAAGAAAGCAAGAAAACUGAUGAUACGGAAGAUAUCAAUCGAGGGAAGGCGUGUUCAUCGGCGAAGGAGUUCUGCAAGUUCCUGGGCUCAGGAGCAAAGAAGUUAUGUUUCACAUGGAAGAGCCC